AUGUCUAUUCUCGGAUAUUCUGGAAUCCUGUUAGGUACACAGGCUACCUUCCAUACGCCCUCACACCAGGCGUGGGCUCUCGAGGAGAAACUCACCGAGGAUUUCCAAAGAAUGACCAAGCGUGAACCUGAGUUGGGUGGUGGACCUUCCUUCGCCGUGUUCAAGUACCUCUGCCACAGUGCGACAGACAAGUACCAGCAGCCCGAGCUUCUAAGACAGCAGGCUGCUCCACCUCGCGAGCAUUUGGAGCUACAAGCGUUAAAGGAUCUCAGAGAACAACACUGUGAUGUGGUCCUAACACUCCUCGCCUACAUAGAAGGAAAGCAGGGCAGUGAUGGCCUCGUCCCAGAUUGUUAUAUAACACAUCUUGUGUGGGACAUGGUCCCCGGGAAGCCACUUGAUACGGGUCAGUUCUGGAGGACUGAAUCGGCGCUGUUGCGUGAGGCUGUCCAGAUGAAGUUCCGUGAGAUCUGGGAGUAUGUUCACAGAGCCCCUAUUCACGCGUCGAGUGUGAAAUUAACAAACCUAGGAGAGUUGAAACGUCAUGGAUGGCAACCAGGACUCCCUAUUUUGCAGAAGAUUAUCUACGACGAGUCAACCGGGGAUCUGCAUAUUGCAGGUUUCCGAGGCCCCGAGCGCUUCGAUCCCGGCGAGAAAUUUUCCGACCUGACCUUUGUCCUCUGGCGUUUAACUAGGCCACCUAGGAGGACCGGUUGGGAGAAAGACCCUACUAAGUGGGCCUGGUGA